GUUACAUUCGUUGUCAAUUGUUUAUCUGGGAAUAUCGCACAUUUCCCGUGUAUUACGACGAAUUUAAACCAUAUUUGGUCGUUUAACCGUGACAAUAUUACACUAAUAUUUAAUUAAAUUGUAGCCACUUUUAAUUGACAAUAUAAGUAAUAUUUAAAUUUACCUAGAAUUAUUGUCAAAUACUUAAAGAAAAAAAAUUUUGUCAAUAGCUGCAGUAUAAUAUAUUAAGUCAGUCAAAAUGCCAGUGAGAAAAACUGUUAAUAAUAGUCGUAGUUUUGAUGUUUUUCAAGACCGAACUAAAUAUUAUGAGGAACUUCGUCGAAAACGUAAUGAUGUAACAGUUGAAUUGCGUAAAAGUAAACGAGAUGAACAAAUGGCCAAACGCAGAAAUAUGGAUACAUUAGCAAUUAUUAGUAAUGAUCAUGAUGAUAUAAUAGAACCUAAUAUUGAUUAUGAGAUGACCAUGGAUAACAUUAAAGAAGGGCUAUUAUCUUCUUCUACUGUACAUCAAUUAAACUGUUUAAAGUAUGCUCGUAAAAUGUUGAGCUCUCGUAAAUCUGCACCUAUAGACGAUUUUAUACAAGCUGGUAUUUUACCAAUGUUGACAGAAUUUUUAACACAUAAGUAUAAUAAUAAAACUGACUUUCAAUAUGAAUGUGCAUGGAUAUUAACUAAUAUUGCAUCUGGAUCAUCAGACAAUACUUUAUCUAUUAUUAAAAUAGGUGCUAUUCCUUUAUUAGUUGAUUUGUUAAAGUCACCUGAUGUUCGUGUAAUGGAACAAGCUGUUUGGGCCCUUGGUAAUAUUGCUGGUGAUGGACCUGAACCACGAGAUGAAGUUUUAUCUCAUGGAAUCGUACCUGUUUUGAAUAGUCUAUUAAGGAGUACAACUGAGGUUACAGCACAACAAAAUAUUGUUUGGACUCUAUCUAAUCUUUGCCGUAGCAAAAAUCCUCCACCUAAUUUCAAUGCGUUACUUCCAAGUAUUCCAUUACUAGUUGAAAUGUUACAUCACAAUGAUUCCCAAGUUAUUUCUAAUGCUUGUUGGGCUUUAUCUUACUUAACUGAUGGAAGUAAUGAAAAAAUUCAAGUCAUAAUUGAGGCAGGAACAUUAAGUGCCAUUAUGAAAUACCUGGAAGUUGAUGAUACAUCAAUACUUAUACCUGCUUUACGUGUUGUGGGUAAUGUAGUAUCAGGAAAUGAUGUACAAACAAAACAUGCAUUGGAUCACGGUGUAUUAAGAUACCUUCAACAUUUAUUAACUCAUAAGCGUAUUCCUGUUGUGAAGGAUGCAGCAUGGUUAUUAUCUAAUGUUAUGGCUGGAAGUGUAGAUCAGAUUCAAGCUGCUAUUGAUCAUCAACUAUUGCCAAUUUUAUCAAAUGUUUUGAGACGUGGAGAUAUUAAAGUUCAAAAAGAGGCUGCAUGGGCAAUUAACAACUUAUUUAGUGGUGGAACUGUAGCACAGAAAGCACAGCUCAUUGAUCUAGGUAUUUUGGAACCCUAUUGUGGGUUAUUACUUUCACCAGAUAUGAGAAUGGUUGAAAUUAUUUUAGAAGGAAUUAAUCAACUAUUAGAGAAAGCUAGUGAAGAUGGAACUCAAGGAAAAAUUUGUAUAUUAAUUGAAGAAGCUUGUGGCUUAGAUCAUUUAGAGGCUUUACAAAACCAUACUUCACAAAAAAUAUAUGAAAUGGCAUAUGCUAUUGUAGAAAAAUAUUUCCAAGGAGAGGAUGAAGUUCAUGGAUUUGAUGAUCGUGAAAUAAUGUCAUUAGAAAUGAAUAGUCCAAAUUCAAUGUUUACGUUUGACAAUCUGACCCAUAAUGUUUGAAAAUGGUCAAAUUUUACUUAAUGAAAUUAUUUUAAAUUUUAUUAAAAUUAUAUUUUAUAAACUAAACCAUUUUUUAAAUUAUAUUUAUGUUUUGUUGUAUGUGAAGUUAUAUAUCUAAUUAUUUAUUUAUUAACUUGUGAAAUGAUGAUUUUUUGAUAUAUGUAUGAGAAUUAAUUUAAUUGUAUAAUUCACUUUUUAAAUAUCUAAUUUUCUUAUUAAUAAAUUUGAUAUAUAUUUGAAAAAAAAAGUAUUUAUUAUAAUUUUUUCAUUUUUUUGUUA